CUUGAUGAAUAAUUAGAUGAAUUAAUUUAGACCCUACAAUAACUACAAGAAUGGAAUCAAUAAAGACUGAUGUUAAUAACUACUUGUCUUAAAAAUAUGGGAAAUAAUUUAUAACGUAUUCAAUUCUUUAUUAAAAUCACAAAUUCCAUAGCGUAUGAAUAAUUGAUUGAGAAAUUUCAAAAGAUAGCAUUCGAUGUUUGACAAACUAAGAAAGUACUAUGAAUAGGCAUAAGCACGAGAAGCGAAACAAUAAAAUGCUUUUUUUUUAAGGUUUUGAUUAUGAUUCUAUUAAAAGGAUCACUUUGAUAUUGGGCAAUUAGCAAUAUUUUUAUUAUCAUAGGGUAUUAUCGAUGAUUAUUAGAUCCAAAGCUUCAAGCUGUGGGUAUGACUGUGAAUUGAUAAUAGUAUGGAGAAGCUUGGUCAGAAUCCUAUUCCCUUUGACAGCAAACGUUGUGAAUACCCUAUGUUCUUUUUAUUAGAAGUCAGAUAGAGUUCUGCAUCUUCAAAAUUAGUUAAACGAACACCAAUUGCAAGAUAAAUUUGUGAUUACCAAUAACUGCAUAACCUCUCCAAAUAUCUUGGUAUUAUGUUUGACUUUAUUGGGCUUCUUUUCUGUAUAUCUUGAGCUUGCGUUCAAAUGUGUUACUUUGAUAAAUUCGAGCCAAACUUAUUGAUAUAGUUGCUCUAUUUGAUAUAAUAAAUCUGAUAAAUAAUUUAAUUAGCAAGGCAUGCUUGACUUUUUGUGAC